AUGGGUAAAAAAAGAAAGUCGAAGCCUAUGAGACCAUGGUGCUGGUAUUGUGAGAAAGAUUUUGAAGAUGAUAAAGUUCUAGUAACUCACCAAAGGGCGAAGCAUUUCAAAUGUACAGCUUGUAACAAAAAACUAACAACCGCUGGUGGUAUGGUAGUGCAUUGUCAACAAGUUCACAAGAUAGAAAUCAAUAAAGUACCAAAUGCUUUGCCUGGAAGAGACAGCCUUGAUAUUGAAAUUUUUGGUAUGGAAGGUAUUCCUGAAGAAGAUAUGAUUGCGCACGAAGCGAAAAUAGCCGGAGGAGGCGGAGGAGGUCAAGCAAAGAAAUCCAAGUCGUCUGGAUCCGGACAAUAUGGAGAAUUAACAAUUGAGCAAAUCCAGCAACAGUUAGCCGCUAAGAAAGCCGAAGCUGCUACUUCUGCCUCUCCCGUCGCAGCCGUGGCUUCUCCCGCACCCACUACUGCUUAUGCACCUUUUCAACAACAGGUAGGUGUUGCCCCACAACAACAGCAACAGUACUAUGCCAAUGGUUAUGGCAGUUAUGGUGGUUAUACUGGGUUUAAUUCAUAUUAUCAACAACCUGGAUAUAAUUAUGGAUAUAAUGCUGGGUAUGUUUUUUGA